AUGAAGGCCGACUUUCUUGCGGGCCAGUACUUCGACAUCCGUCUAGAAGUUCACCAGCCAAGGAACGGAUCCGAGUUCAUCGGUCUACCUCUGGAUGAGCAGUUUACCUUCACUCUUGGAAAGAAGGGCGAGGAAGCGAAGCUAGUAACAGAGUUUUUCAACCUCGAAGAACCCAAUUUGGAGAAGUGGAACUUCACAUGGUACGAAGACCUCUUCGCACGCGACGCGGCAAUGAAAACCCUCGUCAACGUUGCCUCUAAAGCCUACCGCCGCAUCGCUCUUUACGAACCUGGCGAGUACACUGCUACCCUCAACUAUAACAAUGGAAGCAAGACGGAAGCUACUUGGCUCGUUCGCGACCUGGCUGAGGAGCGCAAGGCCAAGAACAUUAUUCUCUUCAUCGGUGACGGAAUGACCACAAACAUGAUCACAGCUGCUCGUUUGAUCGGCCAUAAGCAGGUCAACGGCAAAUACCAAUCUCUCAUGGCCAUGGACAAAUUCCCUGUCGUUGGCCACCAGAUGACCCACUCGAUCGACAGCUUCAUCACCGACUCCGCUAACUCUGCUGCUGCGCUCAACACUGGUCACAAGUCAACAGUCAACUGUUUGAACGUUUAUGCGGACAGUAGCAAGGAUCCUUUUGACGACCCGAAGGUUGAGAGCAUUGCUGAGAUCUUUCAUCGUCUUACCGGAGGUCACGUAGGAAUAGUAUCGACAGCAUACAUUGCGGAUGCUACCCCCGCUGCCUUGGUAUCGCACACCCGUCUCCGUAGCGAGUAUGGAGCUAUCGUCGAUACCUACCUCAAUGGUGUCGGCCAGAACUGGACGAAAGUUCCUCUAGAUGUCAUUUUCGGUGGUGGCGCCGAGCAGUUCUACCCGUCUGAACUUGGAGGAGUCACGUAUCAGGACAAGAACUACUAUGAUGAGUUUGCCGCGCAGGACUAUCAGAUCAUCCAGAACCGCACUGCUCUGCUCUCUGCCAGCAAUGAGGAAAAGGCUCUCGGUAUCUUCACCACCUCCAAUAUGGCCAAGUGGCUCGACCGCAAUGUCUACCGUGACAACCUCAACCAAUCGCUUUCCCCUACUGGAGAUGAGACACCCGCUCUUGAUCAGCCGGGUCUCAAAGAGAUGACCCUCAAGGCCAUUGACAUCCUCGAAACCCGCUCAGGUGACAAAGGAUGGUUCCUUAUGUCAGAAGCCGCCAGCAUUGACAAGAUGAUGCAUGUUCUCGACUAUGAUCGCGCACUCGGUGAACUUCUCGAACUCGACGACACGGUGAAGGCCACUAUUGACCACCUCAACUCCACCAACUGCCUCAAGGAGACUCUGAUCCUUGUCACUGCCGACCACGGCCAUGGCUUCGAUGUCAUGGGCUCCGUUGACACCCACUAUCUAGCUGCUCAAAACGUCGACCGCAAGAAACGCAACUUGUUUCAGGGGUUAAUGGCAGAUCCUGAUCGUCGGGAGAAUUGGUCCGUCCGCAAGAGCGGUCCCCGCGAGCCCGCCGUCGAAAUCGAAGAGGAUAGCGACGACAACUACGCUAACCCUGAGGAUGGCGAGGACGGUAUCUUGCUCAAUGGUACGCUGCCGGUCGAGAACGACCAAGGUGUGCAUUCGUUGACGGAUGUGCCUGUCUAUGCCAUGGGCCCAUGCCAGGAGCUCUUCCAGGGGACAUACAACAGCAUUGAUAUCUUCUACAACAUGGCGACUUGCUUUGGCCUAGGAAGAGGCAAGCCUAGUACUGAAGAGUAG